ACGCGGCGUGCGGGGAGGCUGGUGCCCCGCUUGCUCCGCCUCCUGGUACCCACGCAGACGCACAGACGCACGCACACGUUCGCUCUCGCACAUACACGCGCGCAUUCGUUCGCUCGCUCGCUAGUUCGGCCGCUCGGGUCUGUACCCCGCGUGCCCACUCGGGUUGUGUUCUCGCUCCCCGGGUCUGCCAUCCCCACUCCGCUACCAGAGGCGAGUGGUAGUGUCGCGGGAGGAGAGGGGGGGUUUGCGUGGUGUGAACAUAUUAGAGAAAAGAAAAUAUUGAUAAGUGAAAACGGUUUUUAUCAGUGGUGUUGAAGAGAAAGAGAAUAAAUUUUAUAAAUAGACAGCUGUUGGUGCUUUGAUAUCGGUGGAGUUGCCAUGUGAGUCUCGGUCAUCGUUCGUCGCUCUUUCGUUGUUUGUCUGGCAAGGAAGAGCCGCCCUGCCAGCGGCCGGCAUGGGCACGCGACGCGAUAACCGGCUGUCGGAGGGCGGCCCCGUGCGCCCCCUCCACGUCAAGCAGGACCACGACCGCAGGAACCAGGAGCUCCUGAAGCAGCUUUCGAACGGAACGGCGCCCUCCAAGAGGCCGCCUCCCUCCUCCUCGGCUUACAUGUCCAAGUCCUUGACGCUCGAGCUGGAGAAGGGCCUGCAGGGGUCGUCCGCCAAGGCGCACGGGAAGAAGUCGUACCUGCGGCAGACGUCGAGCUCCGUGAUGAGGAGCAGCCACGGCGGCGGCGAGAAGGACGCCCCGGCAGCCGGGAGGAGGAAGCGCGACGCGAGUCCUUCCAAGGCGCCCAACAACCGCCUGGAGAAGAAGGCGAGUCCGGGCGGCGACGCCCCCAGGCGAGCCGACGUCUUCGAGAGGCUGUCGAAGGUGGACUCGAACAAGAGCUCCGCCGGCCACAGGCUGCCCCGCGACCGCAGUCCCCAGAAGGGCGGCCGCAGGAGCCCCCAGGAGAGGAACAGCCUGGGGGAGAGGAGCCAGAGCGGGCGCAAAACGAGCUCGCAGGGCAGGAGGAGGGACGCCAGCCCGACGAAGGGUGGCGGCGAGGCCAUCCGAGGGGGCAACAAGCGGGCCCUGGUCGGCGGGGGCGCGGGCAGGGGCGCCCCUCCCGCCCUCAAGAAUGACGAGGACGUCGACUCGUCCGCCGCGAAGCUGGCGCAGGAGAACAUCCCCGAGUCGGUCGACAAGGACCUCGACGACCCCCCGGCGCGGGCGAGCGUGGGCGGCCCCGCAGGCCCCUCUCGUGGGGCGGGUGAGGCUGUCACGCGCCCGGCCUCCCUGGGCGUCACUCCGCCCAAGGUGGAAGGCAGAGGCGAGGCCUCCUCCCCCGGGGCCGGAGACAGCUCCUUGCGGACGCCCACGGAGGCGCCGGCCAAGCAGAGACACGUGGCAAAGGAGCAGUCGGCCCCCAGCAGGAGAGACAGGGCCGGUGACCCGAAGACGCCUCCCGAGCGCCGCGCCAGGACGGCCGAAAAGCCUCCGGCGCCACAGGAAGCGCCCGCGGCGAGAACGAAGCCAAAGAAAGCGGGGAUGGAGGUGGCGAGGCUGCCGUCGCCGGCGGAGGUGAUCCAGAAGGUGCGCGAGCGCGUGAGCGACGGCUCCCCGACGAGCAAGGCGCCUCCGGGCGUGGACGACGACAAGGACGUGUGCGAGGCCGACAAGGCGGAGGACGAGCGCGAGUUCUACAGGAUCAGCGUUCAGACGAGGCUCGUCAGCUACAACAACAGCACGCUGGUCAUCAAGAACACGUCGAAGGCGGCGGCGGUGGGCGACAAUGCACACAGCGACGCCGAGGCUGACUCAGCCGAAGCCACCUUGCAAAGCUCAUCAGCGGCGGCAGCUGGGGCGGGCGCCGCCGCAGCUGACGUGGAAGCUGACACUGACGCCCCCCGCUGCCACCCUGCGGCCGAGGCGGGCGACGGCGGCCUGUUUCGCACGGGGAGCCUCCGGGGGAAACUCAGUACCUUCGUCAGCAAGGGCAGCAACAUCGUCAGCAAGGGCAGUGACUUCGUGAGCAGAGGCAGGAACUUCCUGUGCGACGUCUACAGCGCCACGCACAGCAGGCUGGCCGCCCGGAUCGCCGGCAGCGACGAGAGCGGCCCAAGCACGCGCUCCGCCUCGCCCUGCAGCGCCGCCUCCUUCGACGGGGAUGACCUUCGCGUGGGCGGCGCCAGGGACAGCGACAGCGGAUACUUCAGCAUCAGCGAGGGCAACCCGGGCUUCCUCAGGCGCCACGUCCGCGCGGCGUCGUGGCACUGCCCUAGCGCCUACCGCGGGAUGCCAGGCGCCUCCCCGCUGCCGCCCUGCCCCCCUGCCUCCUCCUCCUCGACCUCUGCCAGCAGCGGGGGCGCCGCCGCGACCACUGAGACGCAGACGAAGGUGCGAGGCGAACCCGCGAUGGAGGCUGAGACGGUCGCGAGGCCAGAGGGCGCGGAUCAGGGCGGCGCCGAGAGGAAAGAGGGCGGCGACGGGGCGGCGAAGGGGCCCACGGUGGACGAGGACUGGAUCAAGAAAAACAUCCUGUGCACGUGCAAGUGCCAGCGCCGGGCCGAGGGCGUCGCGGGGCAAACGGAAGAGAGCGUCGCAGGGCGCACGGAAGCGGACACCGACAACGCCGACGCGGACGAGGCGCAGAGCGGCGCCAACUGCGAGAGCAUGAUUAGCGAGAGCAGCGCCACGGAGAGCGAGGCGCAGGAGGAGGAGGAGGAGGAGGAGGAGGAAAUGUGCUUCUGCUCCUGCCACGAGGUCGGCCCCGACGGACACGUCCUGCAGCACCUGCCGGAGGAGGUGAAGGAGCUCCUCGACGCAGAUCACGCAAGCAGAAUCCACAUCAUGUCGAAACCCAAGCCAGUCAUGCCCUAG